AUGGCCGACUCGUCGGACAACGGCUCUUCGAGCAACGGCAACGCCGGCGAAGCAAACGGCCCCGGCCCUGGUCCCGACGCGCCCCGCGAGUCCUCGGCCUCCCUCGUCGCCGCCGCUGACAACGCCGGCGUCCCCAAGCCCAAGCGCCUCGCGUGCAUGAUCUGCCGCAAGCGCAAGCUCAAGUGCGACGGCGGACGGCCCAGCUGCAGCACAUGCUCGCGCCUCGGACACACCUGCGCCUACGACGAGCAGCGGAGGAAGAGCGGGCCUAAGCGUGGAUACGUAAAGGCCCUCGAGGAGCGCCUGAAACAAGUCGAGACGCUCCUCAAGACCCAGGACCCUCCUCUUCCGCCGACGAGUGCAAGCCCGGCAAAGACAAUAGGCGUCACCCUCCCCUCUGCCGCCGCCGCCGCCUCCACAAACAUAUCCGUUGCGAACCCCCCAAUGCCCAUUGCUGCUGACCGGGACAUGGACGCGCGCUGGCAGCUGCAGCAGCAGCGCUUCAACAGCGGCGAGUCGCCCCAGACGGCCGCCCUCGACGACUUCAAUUUCAACGCAAACAUGGGCAUCCCCAUGAGCAGCGUCGGCGGCAACUUCACCUGGGAGAUGAUUGGCCUUGGCCUCGAGGAACCCCUGCCGCCCCAGGAGACCAUCGACGAGCUCCACCAGGUCUACUUUGAAAAGGUCCAUCCCUCGAUCCCCAUGAUCCACCGCUUCCGCUACCUCGCCGCCAUGAACCUAGCACCCAACCAGCGCCCACCCGUCUGCCUGCGCUAUGCCAUGUGGACCUUGGCAUGCUCCAUCUCGGACAAGUAUGCCGACCUCAAGGACCUCUUUUACCAGCGGGCGCGCAAGUACGUCGAGGCAGACUAUGUCAAGGGCUAUGGGGAGCACAUGAUAUCCGUCGCGCACUGCCAGACACACAUCCUGCUGGCCUGCUACGAGAUGAAAAUGAUGUACUUUCCGCGCGCCUGGAUCAACACGGGAUCGGCCGUGCGCCUCUGCCAGAUGAUCGGUCUGCAUCGUCUAGACGGCACCGGCCUCGACGUCAAGCAGUGUCUCCCACCCCCCAAGGACUGGACGGAGCGCGAGGAGCGCAGGCGCACCUUCUGGAUGGCCUUUUGCGAAGACCGGUACGCAAGCAUCGGAACAGGGUGGCCCAUGACCAUUGACGAGAGGGACAUCAUGACGAAGCUGCCCGCCUCGGAAGAGGCAUUCGACAUGAGCAGGCCCGAGCAGACGCAGACACUCUCCGAGAGCACGAAUCCCUCGGGCGCCGGGAAGCUGUCGUCGUUUGGCGGCAUCGUCCUCCUGGCCUGCCUCUUUGGCCGCAACCUCGUCCAUCUGCACCGUCCCGAUGACGACGACCUUGACCACGACCUCAACGGCCCCUUUUGGAAACGCCACCGCCAAAUGGACGGCAUUCUCCUCAACACGUCGCUCUGUCUCCCCUCUCACCUCAAGCUCCCCACCGGGCUGUCGAAUCCCAACGUCGUCUUCACCAACAUGAGCAUCCACACCUCGACCAUCUGUCUGCACCAAGCCGCCAUCUUCAAGGCAGAGAAGAACAAGCUCGGGACAUCGGUCAGCUCGGAGAGCAAAGUGCGCUGCAUCACGGCGGCCAACGAGAUUGCCAGCAUCAUGAGGACCAUUUCGCACAUGGACCUGUCUGCGAUGAAUCCAUUCAUAUCCUUUUGUCUCUACGUCGCCGCCCGGGUGUUUGUCCAGUACCUCAAGAGCCGGCCGGACGACGCCCAGACGACCGACUCCCUCCGGUUCCUGCUUUCGGCCAUGAACGCCCUGAAGCGACGGAAUCCCCUGACGGAAUCGUUCCUCGUCCAGCUCGACGUCGACUUUGAGGCCCUGGCCACGCGGAUCCCCAAGCUGAGAAAUGCGUUUCCGCGUCCAGGCGACAGCCCCGGGCUGGCGAACACGGGCAACCCGGCCGCCAAGGCGAGGACAGCAUGCGACGACCCGGAUGGUGUGCAGGGGAUCCUGGCGUACCGUAACGAUUGUCAUUUCCUGAAGGUCCCCGGCAACGAUGGCGGCGCGCAGGACCUAGCGGAGGCGCAAGGCGACAGCCAAGGGCCCAGCCCCAGCGGCUUCGGACAAGCGUGGCUCCCGGCCGACCAACCGUCAAUGCCGGGGCUGACGCCCACCUCGGGCCCCGUGCACGAUAGGAACGGAUCGACGAGCGGGGGGCCGCUUUCUGGGUUUGGAGAUGGCGGCGGCGACAAGGCCGAAACACGCGAGUCGCCGGAAGCCGGGCAGUCGAGCGGACCAACACCAAAGUCGAGCGGCGCCGGCUCUGACGGCAGGUCACACCUGGCACCUGGAGCGGCCAUGGGCGGCGGAUCGGGCCGCGAGUCCUCGUCGUUCCGGGCGAGCCCUAUCUCGCCGCAGCAGAGCAUGAUGGGCGCGGGCGCGGGCAUGGACGUCGGCGGCGGCGCGGCGGGCUUCUUUGGCGGGCUGAGCGGAUUCACCACCACGGGGGGGAGCAUGGGCGGCGGGGAGGCGGCGGCAGCCUUCGGCAUGGCGUCCAACGGGUGGCCAGACAUGGGCGGGCAGGCAUCGGGGAUGCCGCCGCUGGGCGAGGGCGUGUUGCGCGCGCUGAUGAACAUGGGGCCCAUGGAUGCCAUGGACCUGUCGUCGUGGGACUCUGGCAACGACACGCACAUGAGGGGCUGA